CUAUUUAUCAACGAAGUAAUAAAAAUUUGCAAUCAACUUGAGCUAAACUUCGUGCAGUGUUUGAUAGAGGGGAAAAAAAUAACGGUAAAACGUUGCUACGAUGACGUAGGAGAAAAUAUAGCGGCAAUUUUGAACCAUUCUUUUGAAUUCUGGAAUAUCAGAGAACAAAGACCAGUAUUUACUAAGUUGAUGGAGGAAAACAUCCCAAGAAAAAUUUAAAUUUUUACACUGAAAAUGCUAAAAGUAUUAUUGGGCAACUCUGUUCAUAAAAGACUGCCAUUCUUGUGCCAAAGGUUUUAUCAAACAUAUAAACAAUCUAGCUAUGAUAACAUUUUGGUUGAAAUAGCUGGCGAAAAAAACAAUGUUGGUGUGAUUCGUUUGAAUCGUCCAAAGUCACUUAAUGCCCUUUGCAAUGCUUUGUUUAAUGAUUUAUCUCAAGCAUUGAAAAGCUUCGAAGCAGAUAACAGCAUAGGGGCUAUAGUUUUAACUGGUAGUGAUAAAGCAUUUGCUGCUGGUGCGGAUAUUAAGGAGAUGCAAAAUAAAGAAUAUGCAGAUGUCCUUGGCGGUUCUUUUCUCAGUCAUUGGGACUGUAUAACUCAAUGUACUAAACCAAUAAUAGCUGCUGUCAAUGGUUUUGCAUUAGGAGGUGGAUGCGAGGUUGCUAUGAUGUGCGAUAUUAUUUAUGCUGGCGAUAAAGCAAAGUUUGGUCAACCAGAAAUUUUGCUUGGUACUAUUCCUGGUGCUGGUGGCACACAACGUUUAGCAAGAGCUGUUGGAAAAUCUAAAGCUAUGGAAAUGUGUCUUACUGGAGUUCCUAUAAAUGCUCAAGAAGCUCUUCAGUUUGGUUUAGUUAGUAAAGUAGUACCUGCAGAUCAACUUGUUGAUGAGACUGUGAAGACUGCAUCUCUUAUUGCAGCCAAUUCAAAGCUUAUUACUGCUUUAUGUAAAGAAGCUAUUAACAAAGGUUUUGAACUGCCUCUUAAAGAAGGUUGUCACCUUGAAAAAAGACUUUUUCAUGCCACAUUUGGAACUCUUGAUAGAAAAGAAGGAAUGGAUGCAUUUGUUGAAAAAAGAAAGGCGUCAUUUAAAGACAAGUAGAUCUAAAUAUUUAAACAAACAAAAGCAAUAAUACAACACAAAAUAAUAAAAACAAGUUUUUAAUCAUUA